AUGGAAGACCUGGAGGAAGAGCCCUCUCUUCACGCCAACGAGAAUGGAAUGAUCAACCUGAGUCAUGGCACAUGGGCGCGGCUGGACGACGUGAUCUGGUCUCAAGGAGAUCGCCUCUUGCACCUGAACGUGGAGGCCAACCAGUUGGUGGAACUUCCGCCGGCAGUCGGCAACCUCGCGCUCCUGCGGAUCCUGAAUGUCGCGCACAACAAGAUCAAGACGAUCCCGGAGGAGAUUGGGCAAUGUGCGCAGCUCCUUGAGCUCAAUGCGCAACACAACUUUAUCAAAGCUGUGCCACGAGGCAUCCAAGGCUGUGUCAGGAUAGAAAAGCUCAUUCUGAGCUACAACAACCUCAAGACUCUCCCAAAGGAAAUGCACAAGCUGCAAGAUAUGCACACGAUUGAUGUCCGCUUCAAUCAGCUCACCUCGCUUCCCCAUACGCUCAGCGAAUGCCCCAUGCUCACCACGCUCGCGUGCGAAGGCAACUCCGAGUUGGCCCAAAUCCCAGAAUCCCUACGCGACAAUUCACGGCUUGUGCUGUGGAUCCUGCAGCGCCUUCGCGAGCAUGCCGCCGAGAUCAAAUACAUUACCGACAUCAACAACAACUUGGAGGAAGCCGCACGGCUCGCAGACGAAGAGAAACUCAAGCUCAAGGACGAGAUCCUCCGGCUAGAGCGCGACAAGCAGGUGCUGUGGGACGAGCGCCCCGUGCAUUACUUGAAAUUGAAGCGCCACAUCAAGCAUGCCGCGGCCACGACCAUGAAAACCACGAGCGAAGUGUGUGCUGUCAUGUAG